CUGUUGCAUAUCAUAUGUGUAGGCAGAGAGUCACACUGAUAAAGCCCUGCCGUCCGUCCAUCCAUCCACUUGUCCGUCCGUCCGUCCGCAAGGCACUAACUAAAAGUUGACUCAAACAGCUUGGCUGCCGUGGCCGACACACAUAGAUGUAGACAUGAACACACCGUGGAUGCUCUCAUUCGCCAUCAUGUACUCUCCCCCUGACAGAAAGACCGACAGGGUCCCAGUGGGCGAUUGAUCCAGCCAUCUCAAAUGAAGAGGGCAAAACGGAUGGAUCGACAGCCAGACACACACUGGAUAACGUCUCACUCCGGGUGUAUGUAUGUAUGUAUGUACAGAGAGGGAAGUGAGUGUGCUCUACGCGAAAAAGACAACUUCGUCCAACCACCAAUACACACACAGCCCCUCAAACACACACAGAGACUAGCUACCUACCUGCCCAGAAGAAUAUGUGUGUAUAUAAAUCAGGACACGACCCGACCCCACACAAUAAACAAACAAGAGACGAGCACACUACAUGUGCACGUAAUAGCCACAUGUUCACUCAUCAAUCCAUCCAUUCAUCUACCUAUCCAUCCAUCCAUCGCUCUCUUGCGAUGUCCGCUUGUACAUCCAUCCAGGUAGCUUUUUGUAUGAUGAAGGAAGCAGCCAAUGAAGGCAGCAAGAAGGCGGGCAGCAAGGCCAUGCAUGCAUGUAUCUCUCUGUCCAUCGAGAUAUCUAGAUAGAUGGACGGACGUAUCAAGGAAAGGAGGCGCCGCUCACUCAUAAACGGAAGGACACCAAAAAGACGAGCAAGCAAGCAAUCAAGGGCCCAUCCAUCACGUAUGUUUGUAUGUAUGCACCAGGGAGUGAGUGAGUGAAUGAGUGCAGCAGGGGGGGACAUCGAACGCAUGGAGAAAGGGAGGGUGGAUGUAUGUCUGUCUAGGUAGGGUAGAUAGGAUAGAGAGAUAGAUAUCUGUACGGUACGUAGACGCUUUCACAUGCACUGCAUGCAUUAAAGUGCGAUGGAUGCUUCCUGCCUGCCUGCCUGCCUGCCUACCUGCGAUCCACACACACACAUGCACACGCACCCGUACGCACCUACGUACGGAGGACAGAGUUGGGAGGGAGGGAGCAUGCAAUGCAAUGCAGAGCAGCAGGGAUUGAAAGCGGCUCACCCUGCCUGCCUGGUUCCUUUAUUCGUUCAUGCACUGCACUGCACUGCACUGUACCUACCUACUGAAGGCCUGUCUGUCAGCGCUCCUUCCUUCCUGCCCUAUAUAUGUGUGUUGUGUAUGUAUGUACCACGCACACGUGAAUUGAAAUGCCCACGCGACGGAUGAUUGCAUGCCGCCCUUGCCGCUAUAUCACUGCUUGUCGAAUGCGAUGGCCUGCAAUGCGCUGGCUUCCUUCCUCCCGAGCUCCUCUACCAGACUCGCAAACACACUGACCAAGGGACACACACACACACGAGUAGAUGGACACACACAUCACAUGGAUAUCUAUCGCACCGUACGGACCUGUCAGAUUGUUUGAGUAGUGUGGCGGGCGAGUCGAGCUCCACCAGUCGUCCCUCUGACAGCACCAGCACACGGUCCGAGUCAAUGAUGGUCCUUAGACGAUGCGCCACCGUCAGGAUCGUGCACGACACGAACUCGCUGCGGAUCAACCUGCAGGACACACAUACAUAUACAUCCCAUCCCCCCCCCCGCUGAACGCACUGGCUUGGCUUAAGUGCGAGUACUGUGUACAUUCAUUGACUCAUUGAUGCGUGUGUGUACCUCUGCAUGGUGCGGUCGGUCUCCAUGUCCAUGCUGCUGGUGGCCUCGUCCAGCACCAGGAUCUUGGAACGACGCAGCAGCGCACGAGCCAUGCACAACAGCUGACGCUGACCCAAACUGACACACACAUUGAUACCCACACACACACGCGGACGGGAUCGAUCCACCAGGCCCACUCACUACUCCUUUGGUCUUGUUGCACCUGAAGUUCUCGCCAUAUUCGGCCACUUGUGCCUGCUCGAGGCUGCCGCCGGCCAGUGUGCGCACCGUGUCGGCGAGCUCCACUUUGGUAAGGGCCUCCCACAGCUGGUCGUCGGUGUGCUGACCGAAAGGGUCCAAAUUGAACCGGAGCGAGCCAGAAAACAACACGGGGUCCUACAGGCAAGCCAUAUGACAAAUGGCACCCUCACAGACUUACGAACCGAUGUUCGUUCCUUUUUAUCCGUUUGUUUGUCCGGGUUCUCUCUCGCCGACCUGUGGUAUAAUAGCGAGUUUUGAUCUGAGUUCGCUGAGGCCCAUGUGUGCGAUGUUUCUGCCAUCGAUAGCGAUAGUGCCCUCCUCGCAUUCUAUCAUGCGGAAGAGCGUCAGCAGCAUCGAACUCUUGCCGCUGCCGGUACGGCCGCAGAUGCCAACCUUCUCACCUGACAGAGAGACACAGACAGGGAUAGGAUAGAUGGUUUCUUUCAUACCCAUCAAUCAAUGUUCGAACGGGUGAAUGCAACACAGCACAGCAUCCCAUCCGGCUGGCUAUGUGUCUGUGUGUGUAGACAGUCUGCUGCUGAGCCGACCGGCUUUGAUGUCAAAUGACACCCCCUUGAGGACCAAUGGUGUGUCCUUGCGAUACCUCACAGCCACAUUGUCAAAACACACACGGCCCUGCACACACUCACACGCACAUUGGCGAGGUGGACCCGUCCAUGCGUCUGUCCGUCUGUUUGGAUGCGUUUGCUGCGUGCGCACCUGUGCAGGCCAUCCGUGAGGUGGUUUGGUGAGUCCCUUUGCUUCGGUGCUGUGGUAGGGGGCCUCCUGCUCCACUGCACGGGGGUCGGUGUAGUGCAAUAUGCGCUCCACGCUGACACACACGAGGUCGACACCCACAGCCAGCCAAACGUCUAAGGUGCUCUUACGACCGAUUCUUCGCGAGUGUGUGUGAGUGACCAGACCAGUUCAUCAUGGCCUCCGUCUCGGCCACGUUUCGGACCAGGAACUGAAGCAUCGCUGGACACACAGCAACCGCGGGGUGUAUAGAGACACUUACUUGUGUCAUGUGGUGGGUGUGGGUGGUGUUCCCUGACUGACUGACUGACAUGUCAUAUUGUUGGCGUAGGCGAUGGCAAAGCCCGCAAGGGCUGCGGGAAUCUGCAGCCAGCCCACCGGUCACCCAACCCAGCCCACACACACAGAGAUGGACAUAUGCGAGGGGAUGGAUGCCGUCAUAGACAUCGGUGUGCUGGACAGACAUGUCUGACCAUGAAUUUGAGACCGCUGAGGAGCAUGCCCGUCACGAGCACAACGACUGCACCCAGCACCUCCAGCCUCACACCCAGCCACCGCUCAGACGCCCUGACGAUGGACAGAGAGACAGACAGAUGGACCACACAUACCAACACCGUGAGAUGCAGAUGCGAUGCUCACAUCCCUGCAUAGCAUACGUGGGCAGGUAGGUACACAUUGCCUGCCUGCCUGACUGACUGACCUGUAUGCGUAGAAGGCCUCAUUGUUGGCGUCAGCGAGUGCCACGGCCUGCCGCUCGAGGCGCUCACGGGCACUGUAUGCACGGAUCGUCGACAGGCCACCCAACGCCUGCUGGAAGUGAGCGAAGAUCGGAGACCUGACAGACAACACCCACAUACAAUCGUGGACGGAUGGAUGGACGGACGGACGGACGGAUGGAUUGCAUGAGAAGGCGUGUCGUGUCGUGUCUAUGCGAUGGAUGCCUGCUCUGCGCAGGUGAGGUACCUACCUGGUGACGGACUCGAGCCUUUUGAGUUCCCGCAUGGUCUUUUGGUAGUAGAUGCAGAUCAUGACGUACACAGUCAUGAGGGGCGGCAGGGCCAGGAGGAACCACGGCACACCCCAGCAGAUGGACACCACAGAUGUCACCGAGGUAAAGACCGACGUCAUGAGCAUGUUGAGCGUCAUGGGCAGCUGCAUGUCCAUCUGGUCACAGUCUCGGCUGAACCGCGCCAGCACGCGGCCCACAGGAGUGGUGUCAAAGAACCGCAUCGGGGCCCUCAUGAUGUUGGCAAACAGACGCUCGUGCAGCGUGUGACUCGCACGCACCUACACACAUCCAUCACCCACACCACACACACGGCUGGCUGCACAGAGGUCGUUGGCUCCCUCCCUCCCUCCGUCUGUCUGUCUGUCUGUCUGUCGGCUCCCUGACUGACCCCGAGUGCGAUGACCAUGACGGCGUUGGUGAAUGAGAGUAUGCAGAUGACCACAGCAAAGGCGGCAUAGCCCACCAAAUAGAUGUGCAGACCAAACCGCUCGUAGCCCACGUCAGACGACCACCUGACACGACACACGUAAGUAACUCCCGUGUCGUCGGCUGUGCUGCAUCCUUGUCUAAUCUCCCUCUCUGUGUCUGUCCGUCUGUCUGUGUGUGUGUGUGUGUGUGUGACAUCCGUACAGUGUGAGCCAGUAGGAUGAGGUGACGUUGGUGAGCAUCCAGAGGGUGAAGGACGCCAGGGCCAAUAUGGCGAAGUGCUCAGCACGCGCCCGACGCACAUACGAGACAUACACUGACACACACACAGACAAAACAUCCGCCAGUGGAGUGGUGCACAGUGGAACGAACACCUUGAAGUCGCCUACCGCUGCUUUUGACUCGUCCGGUUUCCCUUUCCUCUUUGGUCAUGAGUUUUUUGGGCUCCUUUGUGCCCUUGCCGUCGCCCACGCCGCCGCCAUCUGACGCACGCGACCGACGUCCCCCAGCACCCUGCACAGCACAACACGCCCACAACCCAUACACCACACCACGCCACAGCACAGCACAGCACACCCCACGCCAGUCGAUCAGGGCCGCUUCUUCCCAACGUGCCGUGCCUGUCAGACGGACCUGCUUGUGUCGUUGUUUGUGCUGUUGCUGGUCCCGCUCUUCGUCCAAACCGAACUCCCUCAUCAUGGCCAGGAAGUCGGGCUCGCCCAUCAGCUCGUCGUACGUACCGAUGCACCGAAUGGAACCUGGUAGCAACACGCACACACAUCACACACACAGUAUGUAUGUCGUAUCCAUCGCCGUCUGUCUGUCUAUCUGUGUGUGUGCGUGUGUGAAUCCCGCUAGGUAGGUCAUGUCGCACCGAGUGAGUGUUGGCUGUCGACUUUGUCGAUAGCGAUUGCGUAGUGGUGUUUGUGUUGUCGCCUGGUGAGGGCAGGUGUGGUCGCCGCUGUCAUGGCCUCGCUCGAACCGCUCCUCACCACCUGAGCCACACAUCCAUCCAGACACAUCGGCACCAACCAAAGAUAGAUGCAGCCAGCCAGCGGGUGCCAGAUCUCUGUCUGUCUUUCCACACAGCGUCGGCGUGUGUGCGUGCGUACCGUUUUGAGUCCGUCUUCGGUGUGUGAGGGCGGGCCGCCCACGGGCGUGUCGAGCUCACUGCUGGUGGGUGUGUUGGACAUACUGGCCUCCUCACCCACACCAGUGUGCGACAGAGAGGGCGGCGGGGGCGUCAUCCAUAUGAUGCGGUCACACUGCCGGUCGGACACACACACACACACACACACACAGAGAGAGAGAGAGCGGCAAAUGGGAUGGUGUGUGUGGUGUGUGAGCGAGUCCGCUGGUUGUGUUUCCUUGCUUCCUUCCGUACGUGUGAGAUGUAGUGUAGGUGGUGUGUGACGAGCAGUCUGGUCUUGCCCUUGAGGAUGCCCUCGUUGCUGAUGCAGUGCGUGAACACCGACCGGCCCACUUCGGCAUCCAACGCACUCAAGGGGUCGUCGAAAAUGUAGAUGUCCGCGUCAGCGUACACGGCUCUUGCGAGCGACAGCCUCUGCUUCUGGCCGCCGGAUAGCGUGAUGCCACGCUCACCUGCAGACAUACGCACAUCACAUGGGACACAACACCACACAAUCAACAUCUGCAUCUGGUUGCGCUGCGUGUGGAGGACGUGGUGUGGGACAGCUGUGCUGACCGAUUUCUGUUUCGUGACCGUCUGGUAGUAUGUCUACGUCCAUGGCCAUGGCACACACAUCGAUGGCACGCAUGUACCGACCCUCGUCGUACCCCAAACCAAACAAUAUGUUCUCCUGCAUACACACAGACCCACCCACAACACAGACAGACAGACAAUCACGGCUCGAAUCAAGAAGCCAAUGGGCUUUUUGUGGGGCCAUUGUCACCUUGACAGUGCCGUUGAUGACCCAUGCGGUCUGCGGGACGUAUGCGACUGAGCCCGACAUCUCCACCGAUCCCUCCAGACAACACAACUCACCUGAGGGAGGGAGGGACGACAGACAGCCAUACGCAACAUGUAUCCUGCUCGGUUCACACACACCAUCCACCCGUCCACCCGUCAGCAACCGACGUACCCAGUACGGCCGAGCAGAGUGUGGUUUUGCCGACCCCCACAGGGCCCACGAUGGUCACCAGCUCACCACACUUGACCUCCAGCCGCACAUUCCGCAGCACCGCCAGGCUGCCACCACCACUGCCUUUGUCAUGCCCAUCCGAUGACGACUCCUGAGGCCCUGCCGUCCUGGGUGGCGGUGGCGCCUCCUCGUCGCUCAUUCGAGGCGUUCUAAAGCUCAUGUUGGUCUGGGAGGGCAGCGACAAGAGACCACCAGGCCGAGAGGCCAACCGCAGCAGACCACGGUCCACUGCUAUCGACCUCUCUCUCGCCGGGGAAUAGCCACACAACCACUGCACACACACACAGAUGUCAGUCUGUCAGCAUCAGGUGGGCUUGUGGACAUCGCAGGUUACCCACCUGAAGGCAUCUCAUGACGACUGAUCUCUUUUUGGGAGGAUCAGGGUCAAAGCCGUCGCGAGAUAUCACCACACCGGGCCUGGACCAUGCGAAUGUGCCGUGGUUGACCCUGAUGCAGCCGCGGGGGAGUGCCUUGCGGUCGUGUGUGGCCUGCUGCGUGGCAUGGUCCUGUGUGUGGUUGACGACGUAUGGCUCGGCCUCCUCUGUGGUCAGGUAGGUCUGCAGCCGGCGCAAGGCCAGGCGAGCAUCCACGAGCUGGGUGACCGCAAAGGGGAAGAACAUCAGGGGCAACCUGCACCGGACAAUCGAGAGACGACAGACACACACAUACCAACCGACCAACCGACAGGUGGACACCUACCUGAGUUGGAGGACGAUUGCGAGUGCCGUGAAGACUUUGGCUGCGCCCAUCGGUUGACCGAAGGCCGCAGAGUACACGGCAAACAACACAACCGCUAUCAACUGACGACAGAGAAGUGGAGCACCCACAACCAAAUGAGACUGUGGCCAGUUGUUGAUCGUGUGUGUGUGUGUUUGUGUCGGUAGGGUCGGUAUGUACCUGUGGUGCGGCCCCCGAGACGGCCCUGUUGCCUCCGGUGAUGACGGCCAAGCGCAUCAAAUUCACCAUCUCACUCUGAGUCAUUCAAGACACAGACGAUGCACUCAGGGAGGGAGGGAGGCGGUUGGGAUGUGUGUGUGCCUACCUUUCGUAUGGCAGCGACCAGUUUGCCGAAGGAGGCCUCCCAAUUGUACAGCUGAAAGACAGACAGACACCAAGGAACACUUCCCGGCUGAGUGACUCCACGGCGGUGAGCGCAGCCUCCCUCGUCUGGCCGAACCUUGAUGAUUUUGAUGCCCUGCAGCAGCUCGUUGAUCAUCUUGACACGCUUGUCGGUCAUCGUUGCUGCACACAAUGGACAUGACACGCAAGCGUGUCGUAUCUCUGUUCUUGUGAAGGCCCUUCCCUUCCGUCCCUGUUGGUUGGCUGACCGGCCUUUCUCCUGCGUUCAGCGAGCAGGGCCAUGAGGUGUUUCUGCAGCGGCCCCAGCAGCAUCACCAUACCCACUGCCGCUACGGCGGACGGGCCAACCAGGUAAAACAACACACCCAAAGCCCUACACACACACACACACAGAGAGAGAGAGAGAGAUGUCUGUGUUUAUUGCUGUGUGUGAGUUUGUUUGUGGUGACUGACGCGAUGAGUUGGAAGAUAGCGUCCCAGAGUAGGUGUCCGACCAUGACGAAGAUCUCCAGGCGCUGGCAGUGCAGCUGCAUCAAGUUCACUAUCUCGCCAGUCGUAAACAGACUACGCGCCUGCGCACUCAAAUUCAACGACUUAUGGUACACUGAACAACACACACGUACAGCACAGCACAUACACCAGUGGUGGAUGGAUAUACGGACGGCAUUGCUGCACUGCACCGGCCCACCCUUAUGUGAUUGCUGGCUGUCCUACCUGCGACAGUGAGUGCGGCCUUCAUUUGGUAUCCCGUGCGUAUGGAUGAGAACAGGUACACGCCGUCCAACACGGCCUUCAAAACCGACGCAGAAAAGAUACCCAACACCCACAAGUACCCCUGCACGCACACACGGACACAUGCAUGGAGCCAGGUACCAACGAAACACGACACGAGCAGUGUGUGUGUGUGUGUGUGUGUCGACAUGACAUCCAUACGUGGCUAGGCGGUGCGUGAGGGUUUUCCAUCCACUCGAGGAAUGCAUUGAUGAGGAAAAAGGGCGACACCAUCGCACAGGUCGAGAGGAACUUGAAGCACCCUGACGUCACUAUCUGCCGCCCGAACUGCCGCAGCAGCACUCCCACGAUGCUGUACGGCCGACCCGACGCUAUCCAUCGGCUCACUAUCUCCCGGUAGUUCUGAUAGAGUGACUCCGCCUUGUCGCACUCGAGCAGCCGCGGCAGAUCCGGCAGGUCCACGGGUCGCUUGGCGCCCAGCGCAAGCAGAGGAUCCAGCCACAGAAAGAACAGCCGCGAGAAGAGGGACGCAUGGGCCUCUGGAACGAUAUGUGUGUAUCACGACACAAAGAUCAACAAAGAUGCACACAUUACAGGUGUGUGCGUACCUGGCGAGACGGGCCUGUCCUCUUUCCGGGAGUCUUCUACAUGGCGGAGAGAGGAGGGAGAGGGAUGGACCGAAGACGGACUAACCUUCUUCAUCGAAUUCCGCUCUAGAGAGUUGAGAUCUUGAGGGAAAAGAAGAAAGACUUC